AUGCCUCGUGCCAGUACGGCCGCAGGGGCGCGGCUCCGAUGUCGCCGAGCCUGUGACAGCUGCAAGCGACGCAAGCAGAAAUGCAACGGCGAGCAGCCCUGUACGAUAUGUAUCCAGCGACACAAAGAGCCCGAAUGUCAUUUCUCCGAUCGCCCCGCACGCCUGCUCAAGCCGGAAUCUAAGGACGCCACAAUGCUACUCAGCGAACGCAUAGUGCCUUCGCCACAGCGCGAGACGGCCAUGGACCGCUUGUUGAAUUCACUGGAGGACCGCGGCAUGCAACUGGAACAACAGGUCAGGGACGAGAAGGAGGGUACGGCUCCUGUCCCGAAGGUAGCUCGGCUUCUCCGUGACGGGCAAGGGAAGUUUAUGUAUAUCGGAGAUUCGGCGAGCUUGUCUUUUUUACAAAGCGUGCGCCGAGUUGUGUCCUCGUCUAUUGGCCGAUGCGAGUUCACCGAGGACAACUCGCGCCAUUCCAUGCUAGAGGCCUUCCAAAGUAACCCAAGCACCCAACCCGGACCCCUCAUACCACCGCCCAGUAACGAAGAGGCUCAGCGACUUGCGCGGCAAUUUGUACUUGCGACAAGUCCAUUGCUAGACCUAUUCGACCUUGAAGAAUUCCAUCCGCGACUAGCCAAUUGGGUUGGAAAUCCAUCUGGGGAUGAAGAUACCGUCAGCUCGAUCUUCUAUCUUGUUCUUGCGAUUGGCGCCCAAGUCUCCGAUAUCAACCAGACGUUAGCCGAACAGUAUUUCAGCAGCGGUCGCCAAUUGGCCUUUUCGGCGUUUCAAGAAACACCCAGCAUUCAUACAAUCCAAUCGUACAUCCUGGUCUCGAUGUACAUGCUUGGCGCAUGCAGGCGCAAUGGGGCAUUUAUGAACCUCGGCAUUGCUUUGCGAGCUGCGUAUGCGGUCGGUAUACAUCGCAAAGACGCCAAUGCGCUUUUCUGUGGCCGUGAACGAAGGGCUAGAGAACGUGUUUGGAAGAGCCUCCGAAUGAUGGAUUUGUUCCUCAGUGCAUCCUUGGGCCGGCCCCCAGCAACGUCGGACUAUGAUUAUGACAUACGCGACGACACGCUCGUUUCUGGAGAUCAGCAGCAGAAUAUGACAUCGGAUCAACAGUUGUCGAUGGCUGUUACAUCCCUAUGCCGUAUUUUUGAACGGAUCUUGACAGACGUCUAUAUGAAACAAGUCAUUUCCAUCAACGUGGCCGAAGCCAUCUCGAACCAACAUCGUGCCUGGGUUCGCACUCUCCCCACAGUUCUCAGAAUGCAAACAGAACGGCUAGACAAUAAGACCAUGGAGGAUAGCCUCGCUGCCGCUCAUGUCUUUGGAUCAUACUACUGGUCGAUUAUCCUCCUAACGCGACCUUUCCUCGUCUACCGCGUGGCUCAGUACGUCAAGAGCAAAGCAGAUCUAUCCUCCUCAUCCGAUUCUCGCAACAGCAGCUCCCGCAUCUCCCUCUUUGCAGACGCAUGCGUCUACUCUGCUCUUCGCGGCCUAGACGUUGUCGACGAUCUCGCCCAGUUUGGCUCUCUCCCGCGCCGCCUCCCCUUUCUAAUAAACUCGGUAUUCAACUCGGCAGUCGUUCUGGGUGCGGCCUUCUUCGCCGAUUACGAUAGCCUUCUUCCCUUAGAGGAAGGCCUCAACAAAGCAGAGCGCUUUCUGGGUCUAUUCGUUCCUCACGAUCCUCACGCGUGUCGCUUCCUUCAGAUCGUCAAGUACCUCCGCGGUGCCGUGGCAGAGUAUGUCCAAAGACGUAAUCGCCAAUGGAUGGAUCGCAGAAGCAGACAGGUCGAUCAACUCUUUGGCCAAGUUGGCGGCGCUUCUGACUCUACAUCCCCCCUCGCUGUUCGUGAUCCUCCUCCACCCAGUCAGACCAACAACCACCGCGAAUCCCAGCAAUCCCCUGUGGUCCCUUCACCAAGCUCCUCCAAUAAACUUGCCGGGAAUACCCCAUCCUCUAUGUUCGCUGCGCAACCAGGGGCCACAGCUGGUCCCCAACCGCCUGGUACGGAUAUUUGGGACGCGCUCUCCUACGGGCCUGACGGGGCACCGCUGUCCUAUGACGCUGCUAUCUCAGCACUCACUACCUCGGGCAUUCCAGUCGGCUGUUCCCCCGGAGGUACCAUUCCAUCAGGUCAGCCGCCAAUGUCCGGGGGUCCCUCCCCGCUCUCUGAUGUGAUGUUCCCUGAGAACGGCCUGUUGUAUAUGGCAGAGGACCUACCUGUUUUCGGGAUAUGGGAAGACAACCAACUUCCCUAG